CGAAGCUUCGACCAUAGAGCUCCACCACGCUGCCUCUGUUCACCUCAUACCGACCUAAUUACAGGUCUGGUGCACUAAACAAUAUUCACCAGAACAUCCAACAUCGAUAUACAAGCCGAACCGGCAACCACGACUGACUAUGCAAGCAUGAGGCACUUCAGGCUUCACUCCGCUCCAGCUCCUCCUCCCACGUCAUGCCUCGAGUCUACCCUCCCCUCGAAGGCCGGCAGCCCGCAGUCAACAUCUCGCCCUCCCUAGUCGAAUCGGUAGCAGGCUUCACUGCCGGCGUCGUCUCCACCCUCGUCGUCCACCCAUUCGACGUCGUCAAGACCCGCUUACAAAUCGAGCAGAACGAGAUCAGCAGCAGCAACAAUGGACAACAACUUCGCUCACGUCGAGGCGCCUCAUGGCGUGUCAUUCGCCAAAUCGCCGCCGAAGCCGUCCAUGGCACCUCUCCCGAUAUGCCCAAAGCUUAUCGCGGCGCCCUCACCCAGUCCGGAGAGACCGUCCGAGCAUUCUAUCGAGGCUUGAUGCCGAACAUGAUAGGCAAUUCAGUCAGUUGGGCGUUGUACUUCAUGUGGUACGGGAAUAUCAAAGACCUUGUGCGUGCGGCACGACACAGCAGUACAGGCCAAUCGACACUGAAUAGCUCGGAUUAUUUCCUCGCCUCGGGCAUCAGUGGGAUAUUGACUGCCGUCUUUACAAAUCCAAUCUGGGUCAUCAAAACGCGAAUGUUGAGCACGGCACGUAAUGCACCAGGCGCAUACAAGAGCAUCGCAUCCGGAACUGCGAGUCUGUACAAAAGUGAAGGCCUUCGCGGCUUCUACCGCGGCCUACUUCCGAGCCUCUUUGGCGUCAGCCAUGGCGCGAUCCAAUUCAUGGCCUAUGAACAGUUGAAGAAUCGAUGGGCGCUGCAUCGCGAAAAUGGCAAAGUAGGGUUGACGAAUCUUGACUACCUCCAAUUGUCCGCUGUUAGCAAAAUGUUCGCCGGGAGUAUCACGUAUCCUUAUCAAGUGGUGCGAGCGCGCUUGCAAACGUACGAUGCGCCAAAGAGAUACAAUGGGGCAUGGGAUGUGGUGACGAAGGUUUUCCGCAAUGAGGGGUUACCGGGGUUCUAUAAGGGGCUGGGGCCGAAUUUGGUGAGAGUCCUGCCGAGCACUUGUGUGACUUUCUUGGUGUACGAGAACGUCAAGUUCUACCUCCCGCGGAUGUGGCAGGAUGAGGCGGCCGACAUCGAUAUAUGAGGGGACUGAAGUCGGAUCGUUCGAAAGUACUUAUUCAGGAUGCUACCUGGUGUCGACACGACUUCUAAAGCCCGGCUCUUUGGAGCCGAAAGCCUGAAUCUCUUGGAGCGUGCUAUGGCAUUUGCGAUAGCACUUCUUGUGACAACCAGCUAUGGGCCUUGUCAUUGUGAGUCUACCCGCAGUCACGAUCUUGGAAGCGAUCGGCGCAUUCGGGCCCGCAAAUCUGCAUCGAAUCUGCAAGCUGGUCGCCGUGACUGCUUUUCCACUCCGGCGGACCGGCGAAGUAAGCUAAGCCAGCGAGCCACCGCGAGUAGACGUAAACCUGCUUGGAACGACGCAACACAUGCGACCGUGGCUUUUGACACAAAGAGACAGAGAACUUGCCAGCCGGGGAAAGCGCCAACACGGAAUGAAGUCGUAAGACUGGGAAGACGAAACAG